AUGCUGUCUCCAAAUGAUCAAAAGUUAGAGAAGCGGGAUCCGUUUUAUCGAUCUUUAGUGGCCAAGCAGAAGACCAGCGCAGAAAUCAUAAGCGAAGCACGAAAUGCAUUAAGAACAGUUGGGACCCAAAGGCCAUUCACGCCACAGGAAGACCAAAGAAAACUAUUUGGACCUGCCUCUUCAAGGACACCAGAAAAUAGACCCCCUUCCUGCUUCAGCCUCCAUGCAUCCAAUUUUGAGUCAUCUGAUUCCAGGCCCAUUUCCAGUGCACGUCUCAGCCCGCUAGAGCUUAAACCGAAAGCCCCGGCAUCUCCCACCACAGAAGGGGACCCCGGCCUUUCCUUCCCGAAGCCCCCGGUGGACCCCGUGAAGAUGCGAAGGAUAAGCAGCGCCCGGGCGCGCUUGUUCCGGGCGGCCUCCCAGGGGGCCCUUCUGCCGGACCGGACGCUGCCUCCCGCCGAGCGAAAGAAGACAGUGGAAUCCAAAGACACAGUUAAGAUGGGGGACUCUCCGGUGAAAAUCAAUGGGAUUUAUUUAACAGAACCAAAGGCCGUUGGCCACUUAAAGAGUCACCCACUUCAGCUAACAUAUGAUGGAGGCUUCAGAGAAAUCAAGGAGCAAGAAAUGUUCGAAGGGGCAACAUCCUUGCCAUCUCAUCUGAGAAGCGGAGGGGACCAGGGGAAGAGGCGCCCGCGGGCCUCCUCAUGCCCCAACAGCUCGGACCUGAGCAGGCUGGGAGCCAGAGCAGGUUCAAAAGCUGACCUGCAAGAAAAGGAUACAGAAAUGGAAGUAGACGAUGUCUUUUGGAAUACCAGGAUAGUGCCAAUUUUGCACAAAUUAGAGAAAGCGGAAGACACUGAACUGCUUUGUGCGGCUUGCACACAACUCCAUCGCACUUUAGAGGAAGAAAACAUGCUCGGAAAGAAAUUCAGGAGGAGGAGUCAUCUCCUGAAGACCCUGUAUAAACUAGUUGAUGUUGGCUCAGACCCGCUCAGCCUUAAACUGGCAAAACUUAUUCUGGCACUUAAAGUGAGUAGAAAGAAUCUUCUCAAUGUCUGCAAACUUAUAUUUAAAAUUAGCAGGAGUGAGAAGAAUGAUUCUCUGAUUCAAAGUGACAGCAUUCUGGAAUCAUUAUUGGAGGUCCUGAGAAGUGAAGACCUGCAAACUAACACUGAAGCUCUUUUAUACUGUAUGGGGACUAUCAAAUUCAUUUCUGGAAAUCCAGGAUUUCGUAAUGAAAUGAUCAGCAAAGGUGCUGUGGAAAUACUGAUGAAUUUGAUAGAGCAAAUAAAUGAGAAUGCCAAUAAAUGUGGUACCUGUUUGCCCAAUUCAGGCCACUUGUUAGUCCAAAUGACUGCUACUUUGAGAAACUUGGUUGAUUCACCCCUAGCAAGAAGUAAGUUGCUGAGCAUCGGCGCCCUGGCCCAGCUCUGCAGGGUGAUGGGACAGUACAUGAGUGACAAGGAUGUCUGCACCAAUAUUGCCAGAAUAUUCAGCAAACUUACUCCUUACCGUGACUGCUGUAUUGCCUUGGCCAACUAUUCCAGAUGCUACGCCUUGUUUUUGAAUCUGAUAAACAAAUAUCAGAAGAAGCAGGACUUGGUCGUUCGUAUUGUUUUCAUUCUUGGCAACCUGACAGCGAAAAACAACCAGGCUCGUGAGCAGUUUUUCAAAGAGAAAGAGAGCAUCCCGACCCUGCUGUCACUGUUCCGCGCCUUCUACGAGCUGGACCUGCAUCCCGAGAGGCCAUCAGGGGAUGGAGAUGAGCAGCCCACGCCACAGACGCCGCAGGCCCAGGUGGAGGACGUGCUCAUCAAGCUGACCCGCGUGCUCGCCAACCUGGCCAUCCACCCGGGCAUCGGGCCGGCCCUGGCCACCGACCCGCAGGUGGUGGGCCUGCUCCUCGCCACUCUGGAAUACAAGUAUGAUGACUGUGAGGAGCUGGUGAUCAAUACUACAGCAACAAUCAACAACUUAUCUUACUACCAAGUGAAGAACUCUGUGAUUCAAGAGCAAAAGCUACAUGUUGCUGAAUUGCUUGUAAAGCUUCUCGUGAGUAAGAACAUGGAUGGAGUCCUGGAGGCUGUGCGUGUGUUUGGAAAUCUCUCCCAGGACCAUGACGUCUGCGAUUUCAUUGUGCGGAGGAACGUACACAAGUUCAUGAUCGCGCUGCUGGACGCCACGCAUCAGGACAUGUGCUUCUCUGCCUGCGGCGUUCUCCUGAACCUCACCGUGGAUAAAGACAAGCACGCCAUCCUAAAGGAAGGAGGCGGCGUUAAAAAGUUAGUGGAUUGUUUGAGAGACUUUGGUCCGACCGACUGGCAGCUGGCCUGCUUAGUUUGCAAAACGUUGUGGAACUUCAGUGAAAACACCACGAACGCCUCGUCGUGUUUUGGAGAUGAAGACACGAGCACGCUCCUAGUCCUGCUGUCGUCAUUCUUAGACGAAGAACUAGCACUGGAUGGCAGUUUUGACCAAGACCUAAAAAACUAUCACAAACUUCAUUGGGAAACAGAAUUCAAGCCUGUGGCACAGCAGCUUCUAAACCGAAUUCAGUCUCAUCACACCUUCCUGGAACCCCUGCCUAUUCCUUCUUUCUAACAUGAUGCAAAUUAACACCGGAAACAGGAAGUCAGGUCGCCUUCAUUCUUAAGAAGUGGUAACAAACAUGAACAUUUUUUUUUCAAUAUUAACAAAUAUUGAAAAAUUUUCAGGUACUGAUGUUAGU